UUUUGUUUAGGACUGCUCUAACUAUCGUAUAUACGAUCGAGAGGUAGUGGAAUUGAGUAAAGAUGUUUCAUUGUUAAUCCUCGUUCCUUCUCCUGAGGACGUGUGUUCUUGUCCCGGUGAUGGCGAUAUCUUCUCAGAUAAUGAUAGAUUUUUAUCCAUUCCUGUUCCUGUUUUUGAAAUGAGUAAGUAGCUUUUUUCCUGUAGUAACACUGGAUCAAUAAGAGACGAUUCUUACUGGAGCUCUGGGGAGAACAGUUUAGAACUGAUAGAGCUAUCCAGUAUAAAUAAAGUUAGUGUAGUUUAGGUUUUCUGCUGUAGUAACACUGGGUCAAUAAGGGAUGCCUCUUACUGUACCUCUAGGAAAAACAGUUUAAACUGAUAGAACUAUCCAAUAUAGAGGAAGUUUGUUUAGUUCAAGUUCCUUCUGUGGUAACACUGAAUCAAUAAGAGAUGGCUCUUAAAUAAAGUUAGUUUAGAUUAGGUUCCUCCUGUGGUGACACUGGACAAAUAAGGAAUGACCUAAACCGAAGAACGGUUUAGAAAUAUACAUUGAUAUGUAGUAAACUCAAUUUCUUCAUGUUCAUUUUCAGAUGUAAUGAAAACGUAUCAAAACCAGUUCAUAUGUCAUUAUUCAAGACUUUCCUCCAUUCUUGACAUGGCAUCGUUAAUCAAUCAACAGGAUUGCAGAAAGGUUGGUUUGAAAUUAUAAUACACCCCCCCCCAUCUCUUAAUCUCUUACAAUCACUUACAAGAGUAAUGUAAUCUUUUUAUACAUGCGGCUGUAUGAAAAUUGAUGUUGUCAAAGUACCAAAUUUUUUUGCAGGCGAUCUUGGAAGAUGAAGUGAAGGAGACGAAGUCAGCACAAGACACACUUAGUAAUUUUCAAAAGGUAAAUUUUAAAACGAACUGUAUUUAUCUGGGGCCAGUUGUUCAAAGGUCGGUUAACUUCGUCCUAGAUUAACAAUUUCUUCAAAGCAAUCUUCCCAAUAGAAAUCUUGUCCGGAUCAACAGAAAUUUUAUUUUCCAAAGUUUUGAAGUAAUCUGACAUGCGGAAGCACUCAAAUCAAAACAGUAGGUUAAGUUUUAACCCAUGCUGAGACUAUAGCUAGUCUAGCUUUGAACAACUGGGCCCCCUAGGUACACACUUAAAAACGCACAAGUUGUUACAAGUCUGCAAACAAGUUGUUACAAAUCUGUUCACAAGCUGUCGACAAGUUGGGUUCGCACUGCUUGUUCCCAGUUGUUGUAACAAGUUUGGAACAAGCUGUUAACAACUUGUAACAAGCUGAUUAUCAGACUUUAUCAGACUUGUUACAAGGUUGUUCUAACAAGUCUGAUACAGUCAUGAUAUAACAAGAAUGUUACAAGGUUGACGACACAAGGUUGCAACAAUAUUGUUAUGUCAUGACUGUAUCGGACUUGUUGGAACAAUCUUGCAAUAAGUCUGAUAGUAUCAACAAGGUUGUUACAAUUUGUUAACAGCUUGUUCCAAACUUGUUGACAACUUGGGACAAGCAGUGCGAACACAACUUCUUGACAGCUUGUUGGCAGAGUUGUUACAAGAUGUGAAAUUUUUGCGUAUGUAGUUUUAUCAAUCCAGAACUGUUCACCCUGAAGGUCCAGUAAGGACCAUCACUAACUGAUACAAUGUUACUGCGAAGAAAUUCUAUACAACCGUACAUUUCUCUUGUAGGAAUUGGAUGAGACGUGGAAAGGGAUGAGAUGGUUGUUGGACAUCUUACAUUAUUCACGUGACCGCGAGAGUGUGAGUGGUAUACCGCUGGACCUAGUAUUUGACACGCGCCGUCCUUGUAGUCCAGAACCCUACGACUCGCAUCGGAAACACUCGGAAAGAAAGAAUUCGACCAACGGUUCUAACGGUGAGAAAAAAAUUAAAAUCUUUAUUGGGCAGUAAUCUUUAACAGGCAAUUUUUUUCUAUUUCGCGUAUUUGUGAUGAAAGGCGUUAAAAACCUAAAAUCUUUGAAAAGAAAAUGAGACGAUAAUGGUAAAAUAUUGUCAAUUAAAAUACAAUCAACAAUGCGCUUUAAAAUUGACGCCAUAUUCGCAGCAAUGUAAGCAAAACCUAUUGAACUUCAGACAUCAUUUUUUCUUUGGCGUACCAUCUAAAACCUCUUGAUUUUAGCAUUAUUUUACAGGUAAAGCACUGAACAUACUUUUGAUUGAAAUAUUUCGUAUUAAUUUUAAGUUCUUCGAACUCUGUGGUUUAAGUUCAUUGAGGUUUAAGUUGAACUCUGUGGAACAGCAGAUUACUGCAUGAUCAAGUGACGAGAGAUGGACAACAGUCUUCUUUGCUGAACUUGUGUCACAUUAAAACAUUUCUAGGAAUUACUCCGAUACCAGAAAGUGGAGUUCUCAAAAUAUACUCGGCGUGUGAAACUGGUCUAGCUCCUGGAAAAAGUGUUAAGGUGGGUGUGCGCUGUUUAGUUUUAUUUUUGAACUGAUCUGACAUGACGUCACAGCGCCGGUGAUGAUGCAUCUGGGGGACAAAUUAGCAAUCUAUGCAUAAUAUAACUUUUUGUAAACCACGCAAAUUUUGUAAAACUUUAUAAUAAUUUUGUAUUAAAAUAGUUAAUUUUUGCGCUGUAUGUGGUUGUUGUACCCGAACAGAUAUUGUUGGGGAGCAUCUGGAGGACACUGUAAGGAUUUGUGACGUCAGUGCAAUGGGUCUAUAUAUUCGGCAGACAAUGUCACUAAAGCUAAAUUCUACCUGUACCUUGGAUUAUAGUUUUGUGUUAUAUUCCUAAAACUAUUAUUGAGAUUCUCAGUGCACCGAAGUAUUUUUUUUUUAAAAAUGUAACAUGACAAUAUGACAUCCAGUUUGACAACUUGUUAGUAUCACUUGUCAGUAUCACAGUGUCCGAGUGUCGAUUUAAUUGAUAUUUGCAGAAAAUUUUCGAUGUUUUUUUGCGCUCCCAGAAAGCAAAAUAUUUUCCCACUCGCUUUAUCAGUUCUAAGCUGUUCUCAAUAGAGCUCCAACAAAGCUCAUCCCAUAGGUGCACGAGCAUACUGCAUGAUUUUCGUGUAUAUACGCUCGUGCUUAUGAACAAACUGGAUUUUGAUAUCCCAUGAGCACGCUCUUGUGUAUGUAUCAAAGUCCUGUAAAAAGCUCGUUAGCAUGCUUAUGAGCAUAUGUUAAUAUGUAAUAAUUUUAAAUAAUUUUCUUGUAUAUAUAUAUAUAUAUAUAUAUGAUGCUCAUGAGCACCCUCAUAUGAGCAUUCCGGAUUCUGAUACGUCCUCCCAUAUCCCAUCUCAUACUCAAUUGCAUCUUCUUAUCCCCUCUAGCUCCACGUAUCCCCGUGCACGACAGUCCAGCAAGUUGUCCAGCUGGUCGUGAGGCAGUUGGAAAAACUCGUGAAGCAAAAGAAACCCGAUUUGAAAGAUCUGACAGAAGAAAAACUUAAAGAAUUCUGUUUAGUCGCCGUAAUCGGCGCCCGCGAACGAUGUCUGAACGAUGACUGUAAAAUACUGCAGCUACAGAACCCUUGGGUGAAAGGAAAGCUAUUUGUGCGCUUGCGCGUCGAGGCAAUUGCCGCUGACAAUCGAUCGCCGUCGACUUCAGUCUGACCCAAAUCAUGUGAGGGGUUUCGCUCACUGAUCUGAAGUGAGAAUAUUGGCUAAAGCCAAAUGAAUUGGUUUCACUAAGCACUAUUGUUCAGCAGAUGAUGGUCAACUAGGAAAUAAGGGCAAUUCUUUCUCAUUAGAUGUAAAGUAAAACCCCGCAUAUAAGAACCUAGAUUUUCCAAACAGGUUCUCAUGCAAAUGUUCUUACCAGGAAUUUAGGCUAAACGCGUUCUUAAAUAGGCUCUUAUUUUCUUAAGAGAAAAGCGACUUAUUUUAGGGAGGUACGCUAAUAUGAUUUCCAUAAACAAUGCACAAACGAUCUAAAAAAUGACAGAAAAUGCACUAUACCAACCCUAUAUGCACGUUACAGCUACACUGAUCGUAAAUUAUGGCUUAAUUUUUUCUCUAUUUGGUAUUAUAAGAAUUGUUUUGAAAUUCUAGCCUGAACAGGUUCUUACUUAAAGGGGGUUUAAAUAAAAUCUUUUUGCCUAACAGGUUCUUAAAUUCUAGGUUCUUAUAUGUGGAGUUUUACUGUAGUAGUCUUAUAUUUGGAGGCUUAGGGCCUGUUCAUAUGAUCCCGCUUACCGGGACGUCUCGCUUACCGAGACGAAUAUUUCCGUGCGUUCAUAUGGAGUAUUUCGUCCCGCUUGCCGAGAUGAAAUUACAUUGUAGUUCUAUAAUUAGCGUAUGCAAAACUUCUACAUUUCAGUCAAGCAACACAAAUACUUAGCCAUUUUAGUGUUUUUCUUCGUUUAUUUACAAGAAAAAGUAUUGCUUCAGGUGGUUAUUUAAUACUUGUUUACAAAACAAACAUAAAACCAAGUAAAAAGUGUUAAAUUAAACCGGCAAGACUUGUUUCACUACAUCCCGGUAAGCGGGCUGGCGUGUUCAUAUGGAAACAUUUUCAUCCCGCCUACCUAUGAUCUCGGCAAAUUCAAACGAGAUCUCGGCAAGCGGGCCAGCUCGCUUUCUCAUAUGAACACAAUGCAAAAUUUUAUAGGAAAAUAGAUAGGCGGCGAGAUCAUCGGUAAGCGAGACGUCCCGGUAAGCGGGAUCAUAUGAACAGGCCCUAAGGGAAUAGAUUUGAGAGAUGUAGAUUUUCUAGCAGAAACGUAUAUUUGACGCUUCGCUAAGCAUGAAUAUAUUUAUUUGACCAUCAUUGCUGCGCCGUAUUCCUUGCUGAAACUCGCCAAUGCACACAUACAAAAUAUUUUGAAAUUUAAAAAUAUAUGAAGAGAUGGACAUAGUUCUAUUAUAGAUUCAAAAGAAUAUUAUUAUUGCUGUAGACAGCAGUGUGAGCUGGGCUCAUUUGUUUAUAUUGUAGAAAAAAAAUUAUUUGAAAAAUAGUAUUAUAAAUAGUCGUUUUAAAUUUGGUAUUGUGGAAAUAUAUUGUCUGUUUGGUUCGAGUGAAUGGUAAACACGGUAAAACGUCGGUUGUAGGGUGUAGCUGCUUGAAGAAUAUGUUCAGAGGCUUUUAGAAACGUCUGGCAUAGACUAGAGCAAAGAAACAUCAGCUCCGUCACUCAAUUUUGGCCACAAAAGUUUGCGUGAUUUAAUAUUUUAAAAUUGGAAAUAUCUAGAAAUAUCAGGCAUGAUUUAAUUUGUUUUCAGAGGUCUGGAUUAUUCAUCUUGCGUGUG